AUGGCUGCUUCCGCUUCAUCUCUCGCUCUCUCCACCUUCAACCCUAAAUCCCUUCCUUUCUGCGUCUCCAGACCCGCCUCCGCCUCCCUCUUACCUCCUUCCGUCUCCUUCAAGCUCAAUUCCGAGUCCGUCUCCGUCUCAAUCUUCGCCUCCCCCGCCGCGAAAUGGAGCUCCGCCUCGUCUCGCUUCGUCCGUAACGUCGCGGUUGAGGAAUUCGAGGUGGAAGAAGGUGGCAUUUUCGCCGACGACGCGGCGCCUCCUCAGCAGCAAUCCUUCUCUGCUGACCUCAAACUCUUCGUCGGUAACCUCCCUUUUAACGUCGACAGUGCUCAGCUCGCUCAGCUCUUCGAGAGCGCCGGAAACGUCGAGAUUGUUGAGGUAAUCUAUGACAAAGUGACAGGACGAAGCAGAGGAUUCGGAUUCGUGACCAUGUCCUCAGUCUCUGAAGUUGAGGCUGCUGCUCAGCAGUUCAAUGGCUAUGAGUUGGAUGGUAGACCGUUGAGAGUGAACGCUGGUCCACCUCCACCAAAGAGGGAAGAUGGCUUCUCCAGAGGACCUAGGAGUAGCUUUGGAAGCUCAGGUUCAGGAUACGGUGGAGGUGGUGGUGGGUCUGCUGGUUCAGGAAACCGUUGCUACGUGGGGAACCUAUCUUGGGAAGUGGAUGACAUGGCUCUUGAGAGUUUGUUCGCGGAGCAAGGAAAGGUCGUUGAGGCCAGAGUCAUCUACGACAGGGACAAUGGUCGAUCCAAGGGUUUCGGGUUUGUCACUUACAACUCUGCUGAAGAGGUCCAAAACGCCAUCAAGAAGUUGGAUGGUGCUGAUUUGGACGGCAGACAAAUAAGAGUCUCGGAAGCUCAGGCUAGGCCUCCAAGGCCCCGGCGCUUCGAGGCAGAUAGGGUUUUGGGGGCAAAAGUUCUAAAUUCGCCGAUUGGAACAUGUCUUCCUGGAGACACAUUAAGCGAACUCAGAAACAAUUCAAACCAAAGAAAUCUCUUGGCUGACGACAGAAAGGAGAUUGAUGGUUCGGAAGAGGAAGACGACGAGCUUCUGGUUGAAGUUCCUACUCCAUAG